AUGACGCUCGCGGUGAUGACGACGAUCGCGACGGCGACGGCGGGCGGGCGCGGACGCGGGACGGCGCUCGCGCGCGACGGUGCGACGUGGGGACGCGCGACGGCGACGGACGGCGGCGCGCCGUCGGCGGGCGGGGGGAGGGAGGCGCGCGCGGCGGGACGCGGCGCGCGAGGAUUGCCGGCGGGUCCGUGCCCGCUCGCGCCGCUGGCGAUCUGCGAGAGGUUGAAUUACGUCGUGAUCGAGGAGGAGCUGCGGGCGAAGAACGCGGCGGAGGCGUGCGCGAGGCUGCCGGCGGGGCGGAGGUUUUUGUGCGCGGCGGCGCGAGACGCGGCGGCGACGCUGCGUCGGGCGGCGAACUGGGGCGACGCGGCGUUCGCGCGGGAGGCGCGCGUGGUGCCGCUGGGAGGUGGGAAGGGACGACGGGCGUCUCGCGCGGCGUCGUACGAUCACGCGUUGGCGUCGCUUUGCGAUUUGAGGAUGAACAAGUUGUGCGGGAGCGUCGUCGAGCAGCGAUUCGAGCACGCGGCCAAGCACGCCGAACUGCAGAACGAGUGCGAGAUCGCGUCGACGUUGGGCGAGCAGUGGGAAACGUCCAAGGAAAUUUGCGAGGCGAUGCAAGUGGACGCUAAACUCGCGCGAGAGGCGAUGGCGCGCGAGGUUACCGCGCUCGAAGCAGAGUUCGCCAAGAAGUUUGGCGCCAAGCCGAGCGAAACGUCGACUCAAAAGCCCAACUCCAGAGAGGCUCGAAAAGACAAGAAGAAGGCGCAAAAGGACGACGAUAAGCGGCGAAAAGAAAUGGCGAGACAUAAAGCGGAGAUUACGCGCAAGCGCGUCGCGCACGAAAAGAAGCAGGUCGCCAUGAUGGAGCAGCUUCGCGAGCAGUGCACGACGCGAUUGAACGACGCGCAGAGGGCUCAUUCGGAAGCGCUCGUGAAGUGCGAAGCGCACGGACCGCGCCUUCGCGUGCUCCGCGAAGACAUCAUAGCUACCGAAGCGAAGGUUGAGCACAUCGUCCCCGCCCUCGAUCGGACCAUCUCCGCGGUGGCCAUUCUCGGCGCCACGCCGGAAUCCGCAGAGCAGUUGGCGAGCGCUGUGAGCAUCUCCGAACUCGCUGGAAUGACCGCAGAUAAAACCAUCGACGACGUGAGUCGCGUGCUCGGCGCCGAACCGUUGCAGAGGCUGAGGAAUUUGUGCACCGAGAGCGCGAUUUUGGGCGCGGGAGGCGGCAAGCGCGGAGCGCCAAAGGCGUGUCCAGAUUACCACCCCCCUGGUCCGGUGUCGUGCGCGCAGUCGUGCGCCGCGAUGGAAGACGCAGCUAUCGGGCGAGUCGCGCGCAGAGAUAAACCGUUCGCUCUCGGCGUGAUCGCCGGCAUCGCGAUCGGGUACAUAUUGUUCGCUAAAUUUAACGCGCACGAAGUCGCGCUCGCCGACGCGUCGAAGACAAAGCGCGAGUGA